AUAUCGACUUCUUUUCAGGUCAUUGAAGUAGGUGAAUUCACUCACACAUGUGAGGAUGACAUCGUUUGUAAAACCACUUGUGGAAAAAUCCCCUUUUUCAAUGCUCCGCUAUACUUUCAAAGCAAAGAGAAAAUAGGGAAAAUUGACGAAAUAUUCGGAAGCAUACUUGAUAAUGGAUUUUCCGUCACAUUAGCUGAUGGCGUCAAAGCCAACUCUUUCAAAACUGGGCAGAAGUUGUAUAUUGACCCUGCAAAGCUUAUGCCCAUUGAAAGAUUCCUCCCUGGAGCUCCUCGUGGGGGACGUGGUCGAGGUGGACGCGGCAGAGGAGGUGACCGUGGUCGUGGUGGAGAUCGUGGAGGUGAGAAAUUUUUUCGCUUCCUAUAUCAAAACUUAUGGAACUUUUUCCUAUUCUCGUCUAGAAUUUAG